AUGCAAGCCAUGAUAUUUGCCAUAGAAGAGAUCAACAAGAACCCAGACCUUCUUCCCAAUAUAACCCUGGGCUACCGGAUCCUUGACUCUUGUUCUGUAAUCAUACGGGCCGCAGGAGGAACCUUGUGGAUUUUAUCUGGAGGAAAGGAAAGUGUUCCAAAUUAUCGGUGUGAAAGAAAAGGAACAUUUGCUGGUAUUGUUGGUGAUUCUGGGUCCCCGGGCUCCAUCAUAAUGGCCCAAAUCUUAGGACUUUACAGAUAUCCACAGAUAAGUUUUUCCGCAACCAGCCCAACUCUCAGCAAUAGAAAAAUGUUUCCAUCUUUCUUUCGCACCGCACCUAGCGAUGCAUUUCAGUCCCAAGGACUUGCUAAGCUAAUCUUGUAUUUUGGUUGGUCAUGGGUUGGGUUUGUAGCCAGCGAUAAUGACUAUGGACAAAUGGGUCUCCAGGUGGUCAAGCAAGAAUUCAUAAAUGCUGGUACUUGUGAAGCCUUCACGGAGACAAUCAUGACCAGUCAGGCCAACAGAAAUGCUCCUCACAUUGUCAAAGUAAUCAAGAACUCGACAGUUAAGGUUGUGGUAGUGGUGUCCUCUAACGUGGAUUUUCUGCCUGUUGUAGAAGAGUUGGCAAGACAGAAUGUGACUGGUAGAAUCUGGAUAGCCAGUGAAUCGUGGUCAACCUCUGCUCUUCUUUCUGAAGCAAAGUAUCGGCAAGUCUUGGUGGGCACUGUUGGGUUUGCUGUCCAUGGAGGACAGAUGCCAGGAUUCAUGGAUUACCUUCACAGCUUACACCCAUCAAAAGCUCCCAAUGAUUCUUUCAUAGUGGAGUUGUGGGAGCAAAUAUUUUCAUGCAGAUGGACCAACUACCAGAAUUUAGGUGGUGGUACAAGUAACAAAACUACGCAUGACUGCACCGGAGAAGAAAAUCUGGCGAAAGCAAAGAUGAAAGUUGCUCUAGGAGUGGUGGUAGGAAAAUAUGACUCUAGCUCUACGGAUGGGAAGAUCAUGAGGGUAGACAGUGCGGCCAUUGUAUGGGAUGAUAAUGAUACCAAGGUUCCACCAUCAAAGUGCAGCUCUAGCUGUCCACCAGGAUUUAUGAAGGUGGCCAUCCCUGGAAAGCCCAUCUGCUGUUUCCAGUGUUUGCCGUGUCCUCAGGGAGAGAUUUCCAAUGAAAAAGAUGCUGUCAGGUGCCACCCUUGCCCCUGGAAUAUGUGCUCCAACCUUCACCAAGAUGCAUGCAUGCCAAGGGUCACUGAGUUCCUCUCCUACAGUGAAGUAAUUGGCAUUAUCUUGGCUACCAUUGCCAUAGUUUCCUCUGUUGUCCCACUUGGAAUCCUUGGAGUUUUCAUCCAUUACAGGAGCACACCAAUAGUGCGAGCCAACAACUGGUCUCUCAGCUGUCUUCUGCUCAUAUCUUUGUGCCUCUGCUUCCUUUGCUCAUUGGCAUUCAUAGGACAACCACAACCAGAAAAGUGCCUUCUCCGCCAAGUUACAUUUGGUUUGGCCUUUUCACUGUGUAUCUCUUGUGUCCUAGCCAAAACUAUUACAGUUGUCAUUGCCUUCAAAGCCACCAAGCCUGGAACCCAGUUAAGAAAAUUUACAGGGAUAAGAAUGUCCUAUUCACUCAUUACCCUUUGUGUACUAAUCCAAGUAUCCAUCUGUGUGACUUGGCUUUCUUCCUCGCCUCCUUUCCCUGAGUAUGACACUCAAACUCAGGCAAAAAUGAUUAUUUUUAGUUGCAAUGAAGGUUCUCCUAUUGCAUUUUGGUCCAUGUUGGGAUAUCUUGGACUCCUAGCCACCAUCAGUUUCAUCAUCGCCUUCUUGGCCAGAAGAUUACCUGACAGCUUCAAUGAGGCCAAGUUCAUCACCUUCAGCAUGCUGGCCUUCUUAAGUGUCUGGGUAUCCUACAUUCCGGCCUCUCUCAGCUCACAAGGGAAGUACAUUGUGGCCACAGAGAUCUUUGCCAUCUUAUCCUCCAGCUGGGCUCUAGUUUUUUGUAUUUUCCUGCCGAAAUGUUUCAUCAUAUUGUUUCGACCAGAUAUGAACUCUAAAGAACAUCUGAUGAGGAAAAACCAUGGUGGAGAUAGAAAAUAUUAA